UGGAUCUGCUCCGAGUGGGGACAUUGCUGAGGAUCCUGGCUUCCCGAGGCGGCUGAAAACAAGCAUUGGUUUCGACUGCCUGCAGAUAGCCGGAGACACAACAAGACCGAAGCGGACCGGAGGAGGGACGGACCGACGGACAGAUAGAUGGUCGACAGGAACCCCGGAGGACCGGCGGCGGAGGCUGAGCACCGCGAGCCCAGCCGCCGCGCUUGAAGAGAACUAACUGCACGCCCAAGUUGCCCCACCGGCUGCCCGCGCGCUGAGGAAUGAGACCUUUCCAGCUGGAUUUGCUCUUCCUCUGCUUCUUCCUCUUCAGUCAAGAGCUUGGCCUCCAGAAGAGAGGAUGCUGUCUGGUGCUGGGCUACAUGGCCAAGGACAAGUUUCGGAGAAUGAAUGAAGGCCAAGUCUACUCCUUCAGCCAACAGCCUCAGGACCAAGUGGUGGUGUCAGGACAGCCAGUGACGCUGCUGUGUGCCAUCCCAGAAUACGAUGGCUUCGUCCUGUGGAUUAAGGACGGCUUGGCUCUUGGUGUAGGAAGAGACCUCUCAAGUUACCCCCAGUACCUGGUGGUGGGGAACCACCUGUCAGGAGAGCAUCACCUGAAGAUCCUGCGGGCCGAGCUGCAGGAUGACGCCGUGUACGAGUGCCAGGCCAUCCAAGCUGCCAUCCGGUCCCGCCCCGCGCGCCUCACAGUCCUGGUGCCACCAGAUGACCCCAUCAUCCUAGGGGGGCCUGUGAUCAGCCUUCGGGCGGGGGACCCUCUCAACCUGACCUGCCAUGCGGACAAUGCCAAGCCGGCAGCUUCCAUCAUCUGGCUGCUCAAAGGAGAGGUCAUCAACGGGGCCACCUACUCCAAGACUCUGCUUCGCGAUGGCAAACGUGAGAGCAUUGUCAGCACCCUCUUCAUUUCCCCGGGAGACGUAGAAAAUGGGCAGAGUAUUGUGUGUCGAGCCACCAACAAAGCCAUCCCUGGAGGAAAGGAGACCUCAGUCACCAUAGACAUCCAGCAUCCCCCCCUUGUCAACUUGUCGGUAGAACCACAGCCGGUGCUGGAGGACAACAUCGUCACGUUCCACUGCUCUGCAAAGGCCAACCCAGCUGUCACCCAAUACAGGUGGGCCAAACGGGGUCAAAUCAUCAAAGAAGCAUCUGGGGAGCUGUACAGGACCACUGUGGACUACACAUACUUCUCCGAACCUGUGUCCUGUGAAGUGACCAAUGCCCUGGGCAGCACCAAUCUCAGCCGCACAGUGGACGUCUACUUUGGUCCCCGGAUGACCUCAGAGCCGCAGUCCCUGCUCGUAGACCUAGGCUCAGAUGCCGUCUUCAGCUGUGCAUGGAUCGGCAACCCGUCUCUCACCAUCGUGUGGAUGAAACGGGGUUCUGGUGUGGUCCUGAGCAAUGAGAAGACCCUGACCCUCAAAUCUGUCCGUCAGGAGGAUGCCGGGAAGUACGUGUGCCGGGCUGUGGUGCCCCGGGUAGGAGCCGGGGAGAGAGAGGUGACCUUGACUGUCAAUGGACCCCCCAUCAUCUCCAGCACACAGACCCAGCAUGCCCUCCAUGGUGAAAAAGGCCAGAUCAAGUGCUUCAUCCGGAGCACACCGCCGCCUGACCGAAUCGCCUGGUCCUGGAAGGAGAAUGUGCUGGAAUCGGGGACAUCAGGGCGCUACACGGUGGAGACAGUGAGCACCGAGGAAGGCGUCAUCUCCACACUGACCAUUAGCAACAUUGUUCGUGCUGACUUCCAGACUAUCUACAACUGUACAGCCUGGAACAGCUUCGGCUCUGACACAGAGAUCAUCCGACUCAAGGAACAAGGUUCGGAAAUGAAGUCGGGAGCCGGGCUGGAAGCAGAGUCUGUGCCAAUGGCCGUCAUCAUCGGGGUGGCCGUAGGAGCUGGUGUAGCCUUCCUCGUCCUAAUGGCAACCAUUGUGGCCUUCUGCUGUGCCCGUUCCCAGAGAAAUCUCAAAGGUGUUGUGUCAGCCAAAAAUGAUAUCCGAGUGGAGAUUGUACACAAGGAGCCAACUUCUGGUCGGGAGGCUGAAGAUCACACCACCAUCAAGCAGCUGAUGAUGGACCGGGGUGAAUUCCAGCAAGACUCGGUGCUGAAGCAGCUGGAGGUCCUCAAAGAAGAGGAGAAGGAGUUCCAGAACCUAAAGGACCCUACCAAUGGCUAUUACAGCGUCAACACCUUCAAAGAGCACCACUCAACCCCAACCAUCUCCCUGUCCAGCUGCCAGCCAGACCUGCGUCCUACAGGCAAACAGCGCGUGCCCACAGGCAUGUCCUUCACCAACAUCUACAGCACUUUGAGUGGCCAGGGCCGCCUCUACGACUACGGACAGAGGUUCGUGUUGGGCAUGGGCAGCUCUUCCAUCGAGCUUUGCGAGCGGGAGUUUCAGAGGGGCUCCCUCAGCGACAGCAGCUCCUUCCUGGACACGCAGUGCGACAGCAGUGUCAGCAGCAGCGGCAAGCAGGACGGCUACGUGCAGUUCGACAAGGCCAGCAAGGCCUCUGCCUCCUCUUCCCACCACUCCCAGUCCUCUUCCCAGAACUCCGACCCCAGUCGACCCCUGCAGCGGCGGAUGCAGACUCACGUCUGAGGAUCCCGCACUGUGAUGGGGACGGGCCAGGGAGGAGGACAGGGCACAUUUUCGUUCUCCAAGGACUGGGGCUACUUUGCAGAGGACCCUAGAACUGGCUGCCACCAAGGUGGCCUGCGAGCACCUCUGUUACCACCUUCCUCCAAAGCUCUAAUCAAGCACAAAUCUGGCUCCCCGGUGGAAAAUGAAGAGGAUGCAGCUGACUGCGUAGUGCUCAGGGCUUUGUCCCCUGCUCUUCCCUAAAGGCCCCUCAGCCAUCUUGUCCUCCCAAGGGCACUAGUGGCAGCUAGAAGUUUGCUUUUAUGAAACUGCUGUCCACUCUCCUAGCUCCUCUUGCUGCCCAUAAGCCAUCCCUGGUGCCUGUAUUCCUUACAGCCUUGGGGAACGGAGGACUAUUUCCCAGCACUGAGUUGCUCCAGAAACCCCACCUUCCCCACUGUGCAUAGCCCAUGCCACAGAGGCUAAGGGUUGAGAAAUGACCCUGGCCAACGGAGCAUCUGCCUGGGAGCCCACCCUCAAUUUGUUUGGUGUUUUGUGUCUAUAUUCUGUUCUUGGGCUUGAUGCCUCUGAGCUUGGUGGUGGGACUGGCCCGUCAGAGUCUGGUGUCCCCGGAGCUGAGGAAGGGAAGAAGGGAGAACGGAACGCCUGGAGAACACCUGGCCCAGUACACCCUGAGCCAGGCAGUACAAUUCAGAACCCUCACCCUCGGCCCCGCUUUGUGUUCUCCCGUCCUCCCUGCAGCACAAUCAAGCUAAUGCAAGGCGUGCGAGAACUUCCCUAGCCAGGGUUGGUUGAGCGGUUACUGCAGAGUGCUUCCUGGGAGAUGCGGAUUUGAGGGGACUGAAGGAUGGGCGGGAGGAUGAGACAGACUUUUGCAGCCGAUGAACGCAAGGAACAAUCACCCGUUCUCCAGUAGACUGGACUCUGUGUGCAAGAGGGAACGUUUUUCUGCGCCUCUCCCUCCCUUCACUCCCCAUAAAUAAACGGUAGGGCCA